UUAGCCUCAAGUACAAGAUGGCCAACUAUAGGACAAAAUUAAGAAACUUGGGGUGCCCAGAAAUGAGCAUUAAUUCCCUCAAAAACAAACCUGCAGAUAAGUGCCAGCCGGCCUAUAAGGUUAAAAAACCCAGAAAGGCAGAAGUAAAUUUCUGCCCCCCUUUUCCUGCUGGCGAGACCCAGGACAGCCUUGAAGGCGAAAGAGUGUCACUAUUGUCUGAGGUCAAAAAAAAGACACAACAAUGCAGUUAUUAAGGAGAAGAUGGCCAAGACCUUUGCGUACAGGAGACGGGAGGUAGUCAGAGACCAACCCAUGAUAUCGGAGUUCAAGACCAGAUGGCCAGGACUGUUCACUGUGCCUGAGGUGGAAGCAGAAUUUCUGAGAAUUACCACUGUUCCCCUCGUCACAAAGUUUUUUGCACAACUUGACCACCACGCUGAUCAGCUCAUCAGAGUGCUGAAGAAGGCAGGUGGAUCUAAAGGAAGGCAAAUUGACCUCAUCUUUGCACCGACUGCACGGAAUGAAACCGUUGAAAAGAAGAGGGAGUGCCUCCUCCGGGCACUUUGUAUCUAUCUAAAUGAAAAUCCGAGCAGUCUCUUCAAAGAGUAUAUGGAUUCAGAUGGCUGUACUGCCCAGAGGGAGCUUGAUGAACUUGUCUUUGGCAUCUACAGCAUUAAUGCUGAGGGAGGUGAUGCCAACAGCACUCCAGUUGAUGUUGGAAUAGUGAUCGAGGGUGUUGAAGUGCUUCAUGACUUGGGAGACAUAGCUUCUGCAUGUGCAAUCUUAAUGGGUGUCAUAUAUGCAAUGAACCUCAGCUAUCCUCAGGAACUAAAAAUGUUCUUUGAGGUGCUUCAGAAAAUCUUCCUGCAGCUGGAUGCUUCCAGACUCUCACCCAAGGUACAGAUGCUUAAAAACAAACUUUAUGAGUGAACCAACAUUGAAAGUUUGGCGUUUUACAUGAAGGACUGAUUUGCACUUGAAACAAAUUUUAUGAGUGAACCAACGUUGAAAGUUUGGCGCUUUACAUGAAGGACUGAUUUGCACUUGAAACAAACUUUAUGAGUGAACCAACAUUGAAAGAUUGGCGUUUUACAUGAAGGACUGAUUUGCACUUGAAACCAUUGAAUUGAAAAAAUUUUCUUUUUUUUGUGACACGCACCACUGUUCUGGGUGACAUGUUUCUUUGUCAUGUAACGCGUGUCAAGAAUUUUUUUCACAGCAUUAAUGCUGAGGGAGGUCAUGCCGCCACCACUCCAGUUUACAGUGUUAAAGUGAUAGAGAGUGUUGAAGUGCUUCACACUUAAGUUCAUUUACCAUUUUAUAUUUUAUUGUGUGUGUGGCAUGCACCAGUGUUCUGGUUGACAUGUUUCUCUGUCAUGCAUGUACUUAAACAAUGAGUGAACCAACAUUGAGCACUUAAAACUUUGUUAAAUGCCUGCUUUGUACUUGAAACCAUUUUAUUGUAAACACUUAAAAGUUUGUAUUCAUUUGAUCUUUUUUGUGUGGAUGCAACAGUGUUCUGGGUGACAUGUUUCUCUGUCAUAUAUGUACUUAAAGUUUUAAGUGCUCAAUGUUGGU